AUUAUAAUGAGAACGAUGCUAAAGCUUUAGCAUAUGCUCAAAGACGUGAAGGAAAAUGCUUAGCUAGAGUUAGCCCUAAUAUUUAUUUAUGGGUUUGUAAAAAUCAGCAUCGAUGGAAAGCACCCUAUAGAGAUAUGAAACAAAAUUAUAG